AUGCAAAAGAGUCCACAUCUCCUCGCCGGCACGGAAAUCUAUCGUCCACUAUGCACAGAGCUGCAACAGAUUCGUCUGCUGACGAUACUUCCUGGUUCCGGAGAUGAAGAACUGCGUUGCCAUCUAAGCACUGCCAGCCUACACCACGAACUGCGACCAUUUUACGAGACCAUUUCCUAUGCUUGGGGUGAUCGCGACCUUCGCGCGAACGUCGUCGUCAACAAUUCUGCUCUGAACGUGCCGCGAGGCACAAAAGACGCAAUUCGUUGCAUGCGGCUAGCAGAUGACGAGCGCGUAGUCUGGAUCGAUGCUAUUUGUAUCAAUCAGAACGAUAUCUUGGAGCGCGGAGCGCAGGUUUCGAUGAUGGGAACUAUCUACAUGAACGGUGCGAAGAACCUGGUAUUCUUGGGCAACGAUGAAGAGAAUGUGGCAGAGACUGCAAUUGCCACCCUGAACCGGACACAUCGCCACGUUGAACGACUUACUGGGGAUUUGAGCAGCGAGCAUCAGACGGAGCUGGGGGAUGGAACUCUACCUCGCAACUUAAGACUAGAUUUGAGACUUACAGAACGGGCGAUCGAAUUGUAUGAAGUGCUGUAUGGCCUACCCUGGUUCAGACGCCUAUGGGUUGUUCAAGAAGCAGCGUUCGCUUCCAGAAGUACAUGCUACUGGGGCUCGACACGAUUCCCGCUUUCCAGAGCCUUGCUCGUAGGGUCUGUCAUGCCCAACAUUCUCACUGAAGCAGUCCGACCACUUCCUAUAAGAGAUGGUUAUCGAGCCCAAAAGAUGAGAAUACUCGAGAGUUUCACGCGGCAAGCAUUGCGUCCCAAGGCUCACUUCGGAUAUUUUACAGGAUACUUGGAAGGGUUCUCGACUUCUGAGCUUCGCGAUCGAGUUUUUGCUGCUGUGCAGCUCUAUCUCAAAUGGAACGAUAUGCCGCAGGUGCCUUUCCUACUUGUGUCGGAUUACAGUAAAUCGGUUCCGGAAGUGUACAGAGACGCUACGCGGUUCAUCCUCAGGGACGAAGGCUCAUACCAUAGGACACAGUUCGAACAGGUGCGGCAUCGGUCCUCACAGGAUCUCGCGGUUGAGAGGAAUGGUUCCACUUCGCGGACCAUCAGAUUCGAUCGUACGUUUGACUUUAAUUUCGAUCCCUUAAAGUUCAGAAACGAGUUCAAUGCGGGCUACAAGGACAACACCACAUACGAUGAUGUGUUUCCCGAUUUCCUCGACAAUCCGGACCCGAACCUGCUAAUCAUCAAGGCAUUACUGAUUGACAACGUCACCACUACCACAGAAUCCUUUGCCUGGCAAGAAGAGGAUGACUACGCUCAAACGAAAUGCAUUUUAGAAACCUUGCGGGGCUGGGCAAAAGGGGACACGAUUGCACAAGUGUUGACUGGCAGUUGCUGGGAGGAAUUUGGUUUCCAAUCGAACGACUCUUCCGAGAGAUUGGAAAGCUAUCAUUUCUUUUGCCAAUAUGUUUUCGCUUCAGAUAGCUUGCCACCUCGCACAUGGCACCUACACAAGAGUUCCACACGAAAAGAACGUUACGCUGCGUGGUUCCACGAAUCUUUCAGAAACUUGACGUCGAAUCGACGCUUGUUUCUAACUAGGGAUAGGCGGAUAGGCUGUGGGCCUAAGCUGAUGCAAGAGGGAGAUGUAGUGUUUGUGGCGAAGGGGGCGGCCCAUGCUUGCAUCUUGAGACCUGUUGAGGGAAAAGACUAUUGGCUAUACGUUGGAGAGGCGUAUGUGCAUGGGUUGAUGCAUGGAGAGAUUUUUGAUCAAGACGAAAUUAAUUGGGAGUGGGUGAAAUUGAGGUGA